ACGGGUCAGAGAGACGAACAUGGCUGAAGCGGAGGGAAGCGAGCUGACUUCGGGGGGAAUCUUCCAGGAGAUAUUCACCUCUCCGCUCAACCUGACGCUGCUCAGCCUCUGCCUCUUCCUGCUCUACAAGAUCUUCCGCGGGGACAAACCUCCGGAGCUCGACGAGGCGGAGAAGCCGCUGCCCAAGCUGAAGAAGCGGGACUUCACCCUGGCGGAGCUGAAACCCUACGACGGUCUGCAGGACCCGCGGAUCCUCAUGGCCGUCAACGGCAAAGUGUUCGACGUGACGCGGGGGAAGAAGUUCUACGGACCAGAGGGACCUUAUGGAGUGUUUGCAGGCAGAGACGCAUCCAGAGGUUUGGCUACGUUCUGCCUGGAGAAGGAGGCUCUGAAAGACGAACACGACGACCUGUCGGACCUGAACGCCAUGCAGCAGGAGAGUCUGUCUGAGUGGGAGACUCAGUUCACCUUUAAGUACGAUUACGUCGGCAAACUCCUGAAGCCCGGAGAGGAGCCCAGCGAGUACACCGACGACGACGAGGCAAAGGACAAGAAGACGGACUAGAAAAGGAAAAGUAACUCUGAAGGGGAGAGAUUAAGAAAUGCCUUCAUGUUUGUAAUUUGAUUCCUGUUGCCUCCUUCUAGGACGAUUCAGAGAAAACGCUUUUGGACCAAUCCUGGAUUUUAUACGUCGACUGAAUUCCGUUCAUCUUUGCAGAAGGCAUUAACAGCUGAUGUAGAGCUGGGUAGUUUGGUAGCGUUUAGGUGUUGUAAACCAGUCUUGGCUGCAUUUCCUCUCCUCUUCUUGUCUCUGCUGUUGUUGUUUUUUUGUGAUACAGCUUGAAAAAAUAACAGAAAUGACAAAGAUCUUUCAUCCGAGAACGUCAGGCGUCACUUUUCAUUUUAAAUUCAUAAAAAUAUGUCAAAAUUCUGCAGCUAGAAAGACAUUUAAAGGAAAAUUCUGGUAAUUUUUUCACAAUUGUGUGAAAACAUCUACUGGAGUUGCUUCAACUACAAUCCAGGGGAGUCAUUUCUACAUUUUACUUUCAACAUUUUUCAGGCUUUUCAAAAUAAAAGCUUUUUUUUUAAAACCAGAAUUUUCCUUAAAGCGGAGAGUGAAUGCAGCCGAACACUGAUGAGCCGAAGCGAAGUUUUUUAGAAAUAAACACAGCUACAGAUCUGCUUUAACUACUUCUUUGUGCCGAAUCGCAUUUAAUUCCCAUCGAACAGCCAAAUGUUUGACGCCUUUUCUUUUUUCCACAAACUGUACAGAUGUUUGUGACAUUCCCACACAUCAGUUUAUUCUGACUGUAAUGUUCACAGUGACAAUCCAGAUGUUUGCUUUGUUUUCUCAACCUGCAGAGGUCGUCUUUAUCUCAACCGUCUCGUAAUGUCGUUAAAAAUUCAAUAAAACGGAAACCAAUUCAGUCAUCAGUAAAUUUUUAAAGCAAUCUACAGUUCCAGCUUCACAAAUUCAAGGAUUUUCUUCACAAUUUCUUUUGGGUUUUCGAUUGUAGGUCAGACAGAACAAGUAAUGUGCAAUGAUUCUGUGACAAAAACAGAAAAAAAUGCUAAAAUGUGGUGUUUUUAAUGUUAAUUACUGGAGUUCGUCACACUGCAGAAGAAAGUGUUAAAGUACAAAAACAUGGCUUUGUUUUUUAACACUAAUGCUGCCAGUAAACGGCCGUUUCAAAGAAGAAAACACAAAAAAUCAUAUUUAAUUUUCCCCAUUCAGCUGAUUGUUUGUUUACAUUCUCGUUAACACUAAAGGCCGAAACAGUUCAGUGGACUAAUCAGCAGCAAACUAACGGUUAAUCUCCGGUUUUCCAACUCAAAUCACCACAUUUUUCUGCAAAAAUAAAAUUUGAACGUUAAGCCUUUCUUUAAUGAAUUUGUCACAUCCUGCAGAAAUAAAUUGUUUAAUUUAUAAUCCAGAAGUUAAAAUGUAAGAAGAUGGUGUUUUUCAUACUGUUGAAAAAUAUGUUCCACUAAUGUUUUUCCUUCUCCGUCACCGUCGUCUCUGUAACUUUCCAUAUAACAGAUUGAACGAGGGAACGUUUUCAGUAUGUCUGUACAUAAUACUCAUAAUACUGUCAUACUGGUGUAAUCCUCAAAUGAUAUUUUGAUUUAAUAAAAACUACAACAAAAUGAA